UGAUAUUGCAUCAGAAUUUUUAAGAGAAAGAUGGCGCUGAUUUUGACGAACAUUUACGCGGAAUUUUCGAAUGGUUUUAUGCUUAUUCGUGUUAGAAUGCGAUGAGUAUAAGUAUACGUCUUUUUCAAAAAUGUGUUGUUCAAUGGCAAAUCAUUAUUUUCAUUACUUAAAUAAAUCAUGAUCGCGCGAUUCAAAAUUAAACUGGCCUUAUUAUUCCAUCAAUGUUAAAACGAACAAACCGAUGUUAGGAAGGCGCGGCAGAUGACCGUUAUCGCACUCGCAAAGCGGAUUUUCGAAUUCGCGUUCGAAGAGAUUUUUGCUAACGACUGUCGCACUAAGAGCUGAAUUUUCCGUUGGUGGGAAAAUCUUCGCUUAGUAUCGUUGGAGGAGCCGUUUGUUUAGCGAGGAAAGAAUUUGUUAUAAGUCAUAAUAAUGUCGAAAUUUGGCCCCUGGACACCGGGAACGAUUCCUGAUGAUUACGAAGCUCGAGUCAAGGCUGACACGAGAAAUAUUCUCGAAAGAACCAUACUCAGAGCUAUGUCUACGGGUUUUAGCUCCCAAAAUCCUAACUCAACACAGCCGAACACGCAAGGCAAAGAGAACUCAUCAACGUAUCCGAGCGCGCAGGGCAAGGAGAACAAUCCUCCUGCAUCACAAGCUAGCAUCUCUGAAGCGGAGUUUCAAAAGUUUUUCGCUGAUGAUGACGUCGACGACAGUGAAGAGAUUUUCCAACAAAUCCUCCAAAGUGCUGAGGAAGCUGCGAAACGCGACAUCGAGAUGAACAAAAAACAUCCUCUCCUUACACUAUUAAAUUUAAAUAUGUCAUCUGAAAAAAAGACAAGAAAGCGAAAGAACAAAGGAAUAGAGAAGUCUCUAGAAAUAAUUAAUAGGUUCAAAAAAAGUUUAAUAGAACCGCUAGACGUAGAUAAUGCCCCACAAGAAAAGACUGUUUCAACAUUGAAUACUAUGAAUUCAUCAAAUGCUAUAAAACCAAUAAUAAAAAAUAGUAGCUAUCCAGAAGAUGCCACAGCAGUAAAAGUUUAUCCUAAAUGGAAGACAACAGCAACUUAUACUCCAAUAUUUCCUAGUGCUACAAAUCCUAAUUGGGCUGAUAUAAACUCUUUAGCAGAAACAGACAAAAUGUACACUCCAGGACACAUAACUAGUUGGUUGAAUAGUGCUUUAAGAGAUGGUCAUUUUACUGAACAACAUUCAUCCAAGAGUUUCAGAUCAAACACUGCAACAGUUACAACUUCUAGCAUUCUCAAAAACAACGAGAAAAGCAUUGUGAAUACAGAAACACCUAUUGAAACUGAUCAAGCUGUUUCUAGUAUUCCUAAACGGAGUACAAUUGUUCGAUUCAAAUCUUUGUCUCCAGAAAAAAUUCCUUGGGAUAGUGAUGGUGUUUCAUCCAUAUCUUCAAGAUCUCUUAAAGAAGAAGAAAUGAAUUCAGAGCAGUUUCAAGAUUCCAAUGAUGAAACUGAUGAUUAUUACGCAUCACUAAAACAAAUUAAAAAUAAUAAUUAUUACUUUACUCCAAUUCAGAAUCAAACAUUAGAAAAGAAUCAAAAAUGUAUAGAUAAGUAUACUUUUUCAGAUGAACAGCAUAUUUCUAAUUAUGAAACAUCAAGUCUUAAAAACAUAGAAACAUCACCUAUUUUGACUAAUCCUCUUAAUUCAAAAACCCCUAUGCAAAAUAUGAAUGUUUGUUUCAAACCAUCACCUCUAAAAAAUAUUCCAUGGAAUAAUGAUGAUCGAUCUUCAAUUUCUUCAAUUUCUCUUAUGGGAGAUCACCUUCAUUUGAAACAGAUAGUAGAUUCCGAUGAUGAAAAUAAUCAAUACUAUUCAAAGAAAUGCCAACAAUAUCCGCAAAAGCAACAAUUAUUCAAAAUACAUCAAGAAUAUACUGAGAAAUUGAAUUUCACAGAUAAGAAAAAUAUUGAUGUGUCACCUCCAGAAAAUCUUCCAUGGAACUGUGAUAAUCAAGCAUUAAUUUCUCCAACUUCUUUUAUUGGAGAUAAAAUUCAUUAUAACCAGUUUGGAGAUUCUGAUGAUAAAAACCAUCAAUAUUUUUCAAAGCCAUGUCAACAACAAAAUAAAAUGUUCACAGUACAUCAAGAAUACAAAGAAAAAUUCAAUUUUACUGGCAAACUGAAUCCCAACAGAUUGAACCAGAAUGUUGCUGACGCCCCAUUUGUUAUGCAGAAAUUUGUAAAUACUUUGGCAAAGAAAUUAGAUCGUAAUAAUUAUGACAUGGAAGUUAAAUGCUCGAUGAAACUAAAGAAAAAAUUAUUUUAAGGUAUACCAAAUAUACAUUUUAAGUGUUUUUUAAAUUUUAUAUUAGAGUAAAAUUUUAGAAUAUAAAUUUUAAACAUACAUCAACUAUUAAUCAUCAACUCUCAAUAAUUCAAUUUUAUCAAAUAAACAAUCAAUUUUAUGUUAUAAAAUAAUUGCAAUAAUACACAAAUAUUAGAUCACACAGACCAAAUAUAUAAAAUGUUAAGUUUUUGAACAUAAAUUAACAAAUUGUAAUAAGCAAACAAUUGAGUAUAAUAAAUAAAGUAAUAAACAGCAGAAAAA